GCCUCCAGCCCAGUGCCGUACGUAGCAGCAAUUGUGAUCUGCCCUGUUCGUUCACCUCCCUCGCUCUCGCCCCUUCCAUAGCACGCUAAGGUAAGGCUAGGAUCAAUCAUGGCCAACGCCGCCUUCCCUCUCGUCGCGCUGCUCGUCGCCGGGUGCGCGGCGCUGGCCUCGGCCACGACGUUCACCGUCGGCGACUCGCAGGGCUGGACGACCGGCGUCAACUACGACAGCUGGGCCAGCAGCAAGAGCUUCGCCGUCGGGGACACGCUAGCGUUCCGGUACGUGAGCAAGGCGCACACGGUGACGGAGGUGAGCAAGAGCGGCUACGACACCUGCUCCGGCUCCGGCGCCAACGCACUGAGCGACGACGACAGCGGCUCCACCACCGUCACGCUCACCACCCCCGGCACGCACUACUUUAUCUGCAACGUCCCCGGCCACUGCGCCAGCGGCAUGAAGUUCUCCAUCUCCGUCUCCGCCACGCGCUCCGGCGCCUCCGCGUCCGCGGCCUCCCCGCAGGUUCCGGCGACAACGGCCUCCGUCGUCGUCGCCGCGGCCGCAGGCGCCGCGAUCAAGCUCGCGCUCUUCUGACGACGGAGCUGAUCUGAGCACGGGCGUGUCGAUCGGAGUCUCAGGGUAGAGACAGUGCAUGCAUUGCAGACUACACGUUCUUGGCCGCUGAUGACAUUCGUGUAAUAAUCUAUCAGUAAUUGCUGUCCAUAUUUCUGCUACGUUUUCUGGCGAUUGCUCGUCGUGCAGCUCGUGUACGUACUUACGCUGCCGUGGCGUGUCCUCUUGAUGUCUAUGGCUGUGUGUAUCCGUCACCAGGUGUACAUCAUGUCUGAUCGUUCUUUGUUGGGUUAACUUCGUGCAAAUAAAAUUUGCUCCUCUUGUGUUCAUGGA